AUGUUGAAGGUGCGCCCCGACAGCGGCAAGUUGCCCGACGUGGUGCUCGACGUGCUGGAGAGACUCGGAGAGAAGUUCGGGACCACGAAGACUUCCACCGAUCACAGGAUGCUGCCUCCAUGCAUCUCCGUUAUACAAGGAGAUGGCGUCGACAUCGAGUCGAUGGAGAUGAUUCUUAAGGCAAUGUCCGACAAGAAGUGGGCGGCGAGCAACAUCUCCUUCGGGAGCGGCGGCGCGCUGCUGCAGAAGCUGCACCGGGAUACCCAGAAGUGCGCGUUCAAGUGUUCGUUGGCCACCAUCGACGGCAAGGACGUCAACGUUUUCAAGGACCCCAUCACCGACAAGGGCAAGCAGUCCAAGAAGGGCAGGCUGGAGCUGGACUGCGUCGACGGCAAGUUCACGACCUGCACGGAAGGCAAGAAGGCCACGAACAACGUCUUGGUCGAGGUCUUCAGGAGCGGCGAGCUGCUGAUCGACGACACGUUCGAUGCGAUCAAGAAGCGGGCUGAGCUCUUUUAGGAGCAGCCAGAGUGCCCGUACGCUUUCAUGGCCAAGCAGUUCUACUUCCCGGAGCCAGAGCCGAGAAGGCGCGCGGGGCCGCCUCCAGCCGAGGGUGUUCCCGCCGCGGACGCCGCAGGCCCCAUGCGUCGUGGAGGGACUGGAGAAGAUUUUUUUCCCAGGGGCGGCCCUGGCGACCGUCGCGCCCGCGGCCCCGGAGCCCGCGAAAGCAUCGGCGGAGGCGCCCCCAGCGCCAGCGUCGCAGCCGGCGCCCCCAGCGCCCGCGCCGGCCGCCGCCGCGCCCGAGCCGUCGCCCCAACCGGCGACCGCCACGCCCGCGUUGGCCGCUGCCGCGCCCCAGCCGGCGCC